AUGGAACACUGGGUGAAGAAGAAGAGGAAGAAGAAGAAGGAAGAAGAAGAACCAGCAGAGAACCAGUUCCACCGUCUGCCGGACGACGUGGUGGUCAACAUCUUCGACAAGGUCUCCGACGUCCAAUCGCUCUGCAGAUGCUUGGUGGUCUCCAAGCGAUUCUCUUCCCUCAUCCCUCUCGUCCAAACACUCUCCUUCAAAACCAAUGCCUGGGAUUACAUCAACUUUCCCCGUUACGAAUCCGAGGAUGCCCUAGUAAAUGGUUCGCUCGGAGAAAUCUCGAAAUUUUUCAUAAUCGAAUUGCUCCUCAAAACCCUUCUGUACUUCCUCAACCCCUCUCUCUCGCCUUGCCUGCUACUCAAUGCUUCCGGCCUCGUAUUCCUCGAUAAGCUGACACGGGUUCGAUCUCUGAACCUCGAGCUUGUCUCCGAUUUCAACGUCCACAAGGAUUCUGCUUUCAAAUGGGGUGCCCAAUUCACCUCAAAUCUCAAGAGCGUCACAUUUCUCUACGCAACAUCUUUCUCCAAAUUGAUGAAAUCUAAAGAAGAAGAAAUUGAGAAUGAGAUAACUCACAAAGAGCUUCUUCGCCGAGUAAAUCUAGCCAUUAACUGCCUAAAAGAGGCAGUGUUGCGGCUUGGAAUCUUGUCUCCUGUUAUCGCGAAAAACCCGAACCUGCAGAGCAUUACCAUCACCGAUUCAAACAACAAGGGGGUGAAGCUCUGUUUGAGUGGUGAAAAGCUUGUGAAGUGCAUGAAUGCUUUCGAUUUGGAAACGGCGAUUAUGAGGGUUGGGUAUGUGCCUGUUUUACGGCUCCCUAUGUAUGGGUAUGUGAUGAAACGGGUGACCAUUGUUCACUUCAACCUGUAUGGUGAUGAUGAUUCUGAUGCCAAAACGGCCAUGUUUGAAGCUUUUGCGGAGGAACAAGGUGUAUUUUUCGAAGCCGUGGUGCAGAUUCUUGAAAACCACAAGGACAUCGUCAAGGCAAUGUUCCAGAACUGA